CUCUUCUGCUUCAUAUCCAUCAUCAUCGGAUUCCAGCUCAAAGCCUCCGCCCAAUCCGACGGCGAUAGUUCCGGCACCUGCAAUUCAAAUCUCAGAAAUGUUCUUCCCUCUCCUUAUUCUGAUCUCUCCAGCCUCGCCUGCUCCCCCAUUUGGGAACGCAAGUUUUCCUUCAGUGUAACUCUCUCAAUCCAUCAUUUAAUUUCAUCCUAAUUCAUACCCAAUUCAAAAUUUAAGAAAGGUAAUAGAAAUUUAGACCCGUUUUCUUGUAAUUUCUUUACGAUGCUUUUCAAUCUUCUUAGAUAAAUCGAUGGAGUAGUGUUUAUGAGGUGUAAUUUUCAAUAUCAGAAACCAAAUUGAAAAGAAAAAUAAUAAUAAGCAGAAACCAGAGGAAGAAAUCCAAAUUUGAUAGCUAAAAUCUCAUCCAAUUCCGACCCAAUAGUUCUUCGUGAUUCGAUGCAGUUUUUCGAAGACGGUAAGAACGUGAUGACGUUCGUUUUAUCAGGGAAACACGAUCAUAAAUGGAUUGGAAUCGGAUUCUCCAGAGAUGGACAUAUGGAGGGAUCGAGCGCGGUGGUGGCGUGGGUUGAGAGCAACGGCGUAUCAGGAAUAAGGCAAUACUAUUUGGGAGGCAAGAACAUGAGUAAAGUCAUACCUGACAAAGGCGAUUUGCGAUUCACCAGUGUGAGCCCUGUAGUUGUUGUUCGUGGAGAUUUGAUCUACAUCGCUUUCCAGCUCCAGUUCGCGACAUCCGUGGCUGACCAACACAUUUUAUUGGCAAUCGGCUCUGAAAAUCCCCUACAAAAUGGCCUUCUCCCCAAACAUAUCAACAAGACUACCACCUUAAUCGAGCUCUCCUCAGGGCAAAAAGUAGCGCCCAACGUUCAAAGGCGAUACCACGGACUGACGGCGAUAAUAGGCUGGGGCAUUAUUACGCCCUCCGGAUUGAUGAUCGCUAGGUACUUUCGACACAUCAAACCAAUCUGGUAUUACCUUCAUUCUUCAGUACAGUUCGUCGGUUUCUUCGUCGGAAUCAUCUCCAUCUCCAUAGGACGCAAUCUGUACGAGAAAACCGAUUUCCCCAACCCGACGCACAGAUUCGUCGGAUACACUGCAUUUUUUCUUGCAGGUCUCGAGGUUUGCCAGUUCAUUGGACGGCCAUCGAUGGACUCCAAACGCCGGCCGUACUGGAACUUCGCUCACCAUUGGGUGGGAAGAACCGCAAUGGUAACCGCAGUUUUGAACAUCUGCGUCGGCUUCAAUGGAAACCGUACUGACAAUCAAGACCUGAAGAUAGGUUUCGCGAUGGCGUUGGUGACUCUGUUGACAGUAAUGAUCGUCCUCGAAACACGGUUGCGGAGAGAAAAUGCGAUUCCGAAAACCAUUGUUGAUCAACCGCCGGUGUUUCGAGUGGUUGAUGAACAUUAGCUAGUGGAAAUAGAUAGUGCCUAUGAGAAACAUUAGUGUUCGGUAAUUUAUAGCAUAGAGAUAAAAAGGAGGAAGUUGAUUGUAUCAUAUAAUUUGUCUAAGAACAAAUAUGAUAGCCCACAAAGUCAAUUAAUUAUCAUUGGCCCGCUGGUUGAUAUUGUUCU